UAUCCAUAUCAAUCUCUCUGCCAUAUUGUUUUGAACUUGUAUUUUGGCUUUUCUCAGCUGUUCCUGGCUAAUCAGGAGAAGUUUCAUGCUGAGGUAGACAAGAACUACUGGAAGGCAAUUGCGGACCUCAUCCCCAAUGAGGUGCCAGCAAUAGAGAAGAAGAGAGGGAAGAAGGAUACGGAAAAGAAGCCAUCCAUUCUUGUUCUCCAAGGUCCAAAGCCUGGAAAACCAACCGAGCUUUCGAGGAUGAGGCAGAUACUUUUAAAAUUGAAGCAUAAUACACCUCCCCACCUUAAGCCUUCACCUCCAGCCCCAGCUCCCACCAAGGAAGCAAAACCGAGUACUUCUGCUCCCCCCAAGGCUGCAGUUGUGGCGGCUACCCCCAAGGCUGUAGUUGCUGUUUCGUAAUUUGCCUGGCGUUCUUUGUGAGGCGUAGUUCGUAGAAAACAAGUAUUUCCAUUACAACAUUGUGGAGUUUUUCUUGUUUGGUUGAACAUUUUCUGAUGGGUAUAUUCCGUUCUUAGAUUUUCUUGUUUCCAUUGGCGAUGGAUUUCUCGGUGGAUUGUUGUCUCCUUGA